CACCGGAGGAGAGCUCACACAGGCGGAAGAGGAGGAGCAGCCGGAAGUAUCCUGAACCCUGGUUGUUCCGUCGCGGUUUGACAGUGGUUCGGAGCUGUGAGAAGGAGUCGGCGGUCAUGGAGUUGGGCGAGCUGCUCUACAACAAGUCCGAGUACAUUGAGACGGCCUCUGGGAACAAAGUCAGCCGGCAGUCAGUGCUGUGUGGAAGCCAGAACAUUGUUCUCAACGGCAAGACCAUUGUGAUGAAUGACUGUAUUAUCCGAGGAGAUCUGGCAAACGUAAGAGUUGGACGCCAUUGUGUUGUGAAAAGCCGUAGUGUCAUAAGGCCACCAUUCAAGAAAUUCAGCAAAGGUGUUGCGUUCUUUCCUUUACAUAUUGGGGACCACGUCUUUAUUGAGGAAGAUUGUGUGGUCAACGCGGCUCAGAUUGGUUCUUACGUUCACGUCGGCAAGAACUGUGUCAUUGGGCGCCGGUGUGUGCUGAAGGACUGCUGUAAAAUCCUUGACAACACAGUGUUGCCACCCGAGACUGUGGUGCCUCCGUUCACCGUCUUCUCAGGCUGCCCAGGACUCUUCUCAGGGGAGCUCCCUGAGUGUACCCAGGAGCUGAUGAUUGAUGUCACCAAGAGCUACUACCAGAAGUUUUUGCCCCUGACACAAGUCUAGUGUCUCUGCCCCACGCCUUGAAUUCUCUUGAACUCUAAGAUGAACUUGGAGACCGAGUCAGCUGGUUGGCAUCUGCACAGAGCUGACAUCUUCCACCCUCCUUUCUGUUGCUGUUGUUGUUCAGUUAGGAUUUUCCAAUCCACCAGAGCUCCGAGCUCUUAAGAAUUUAAUAACAGAACAUCUGGAGGAGUUGUCUCCAAAGGUUGUGUUUCCACCUUAUCUGUCAGCAGUCACUACAUACCUUUAUCUGCGGAACACAGAAUCGCCUGUUCUCUGAGCUCCACGGCCUCGAUCCUGU